AUGCUAAAGGCAUUCCAGGAGCCGCCGCCUCUUGAUGAAUCGGGCAGCUAUCAUGCUUAUUUGGAGGCUUGGCAAUAUAACAAUGGCUCAGAGGCCAAUACAGACUCUCUGACGGUCAAGCCACUCGACGAGGCCAAUGUUGGUAGCUGGGCGUGGCGCAGAGAUUCAUUUGCAACACCAUCUGAACCGUCGCGCCCUGGGAAGUUGGCUGGCGGCCUCAGAGUAUUAUUUACUCAGCCCAAAUCGCAGUUUCGAGCGGAUAUUCCAUCUGUGUUGGUGAAAGCGAAUGUGCUCGAGGCCUUGAGCUUACCUGCACAUGCCUUUAAUUCCUUCCAGUUGCGGUCUGGGGUAUUCUCACUUCACACAUAUCCCGAAGGAAGCACUAUUGAUAAUUGUACCAAGCUCGGCUUGGUUUUCAGGACUCCCUGGAGAGAAUGCGAAAUUGGUGGCUACGCUGUUUCUCAUGAUUUCGACACUGCCGUCACGACAGCACUAGUUCUUGGAAAUUGUUUUGGACUCGACCGUUAUAAUGGAAGUGGUGAUGCAGUGGAGCCACCGCAAAGGUUGGAAGAGCUCAUUAGCCAGAUGGAGGAAUGCCGAAACCUCUGGACUCAUCCUCUACUCCUGCCUUGUCUACUUCUCAUUACGCAUGUGCGUCUGAUUCGAUCUUACAUCACCAAGCAAAUCAGCCAGAGAAUCACAUCGCUUGAGCAAAUGAUUGGUGUGACGAGAAGUGAUCCAUGGGACGGCCACACGGCUCUCCGUGAGGUCCUUCGUAAUGGCGGUACCUAUCCUGAGCAUGAGACCCUCUUGAGUUACCGUCUCUUGAAUGACCGUCUCCGGAGCGAGCGUCUCAUGGGCCAACUGUUCGUCGACGGUCGGCUGCAACGAGAACAGGCCAAGAUUCUUACCCAACUCAUCAACACCAUAAGCACCAGAAUCAUCUUGACGAAGCGUUCCCCUCAAUGGGACAUGGACUGCGUCAAGUUCCUGCGACGAAUCCUUGAGACAAGUCCGAGGCUGUCAAAUCAUCCGAGAAUACCAGCCCAGAUAUUUCAAGAAACCCUCGAUUACGUCGAAAGCUACAGCGAAGUUUGCCUCGAAGUCACGCAGACGUCUGAAGCUAGAAUGCAACUUCAUCUCAACAUUUUGUACACGUCCAUUGCACAAGACGACGGACAGACCAGCGCACGGCUGGCAGCCUCUGCAGGCAAGGAUAGCACAUCAAUGAAAAUUAUUGCCUUGAUCACUGCUGCGUAUCUGCCAGCAACCUUUGUAGCAACAUUAUUCAGCAUGGGCAUGUUUGAAUGGAGGAGCAGCGACUCGGAUACAGAAGGAGCUGUUGCUUCAUCAAGCUCGAUCUCUCCAGACUUUUGGAUGUACUGGGCUGUCACCAUCCCCCUGACCGUCGUUACUCUUCUGGGAUGGGCUGCCUGGUGGAAAUUCGAAGAACAUCGGUUCGAUGUUGAGGUGAAACAGGCCGUGAAAGACAAAACUACAUUAGAUUCCCGAGGUUCCGAUAUCGAGAAGACAGGCGUCUACUCAAAGUUCUUGCCCUUGGCACAUAGGCGAACGCAAACCUAA